UUUCGUACAUUCCUACUUUGUGUGUGUGUGUGUGUGUGUGUGUGUGUGUAUUUGUCCUUUUACACUGUUAUUAUCCCACGACAUAACUGUUCGUUGAACAGUCGUUCGGUUAGUAAACACCCGUUUGUUUCGGCAAUCACAUCUGGACAUGUAUCUGAAAGACAAGGUAUUUAGUAAAAGCGCUGCAUAUCAAUUUCCGAAGAUCUUUCAAUUUGGACAAGCGGGAUGCGUCUGUCGGUUUUGCAAGAAGACGUUUUGCUGUGCAAAAUGUCGCGAUCGCCACGUGAACCAAGUGCAUCCCAACGUCAAUGCCGAUUGUGCUCUAUGCGCUAUUGAGACACUGCCGGUGCGACAUUUCGAAUCCGCAAAACUGAAUCUGGAGGACGAGAAAUUGUUGUGCCACAUAGUGGAGAAGCAUUUGCCGUUGCGUUGUCGUCUGUGCGGUGAUUUAUUUGAGUCCAGAGAAAAUUUCAAAUCCAUCGCUCCGUGCAAGUGGUAUGAACGUUGGCAUUAUCUGAAAAGUUGGCAUUAUCUGAAAUCACCGCUCGGUUACCAGUAUCUAGAAAAGAAGCCAAAGCAGUGUUCUAUAAGCGAGAGCGACUGCGACGGUAGCAGGUUUAGUACACCACCAGAAAUCUAUCGGAAGACCAGCACGCCUAUGUUUAUUGGCCCAAAGACCGAAUUUGAGACGCCCUUGCCGGAAUUCAACUUGAAGACGCCCAAGAACUCACCGUCGAUCACACAGAUCACGUCGAUCUCAAAGAUACAAUUGAGCAAUACGCAGUUUUUUAGUGUCCUGCUGCAUAAUUCAAACGAAGAGACACCCUUUAGAACUUGUUCCGAAGAAUUUCCUAGGAGCAAUUCCGGUAGAAAACUGACUAUCAUGGAAGAGCAAGAGAAGACUCCGGAUAAUGAGACCAAGAAGAUAAUGGAAAACGUACUUGAAACAACGACUGCCGUAGCUAUGGACCUGACGCAGCCUUGCAACACUCUGCAGGACUCACAGCAGUCAAACGACAACCACGAGGACAAUGUAAAGAAGGUGAGAUUUUCCGAUCAUUAUAAAACCGCGGCAGAAAUUGGGAGCUUGAUGGAGUCCUGUGUGCGGACUGUUCUCAACAUGGACGAAGAAGAGGAGGAGUUUCAUGACGCUCACAAUAAGUUCAACGCGCAAAAGGUGAAGGUUACAGAAAAAGGCGCAAAGGACGCAAAGAAUACCGAAGAUGUGAACAGUAUGAGAGACACGAGCAUCGUGGAAGAUAAAAUGAAUACAAAUGACAACCAAGCGGAAGAUAAGAAUAAAAAGAUUUUAGUACAACCCUUAGAGAAUUUUUUAAACAACUCACAAAUCAAGAUUAUUUAUGACAACUCGAAGAAUGUGAAAAAAGAGAAUCGAGAUCCUGAAGAAAGCAACAAGGAUCUAUCGAUGUCAAAUCAACGAGAUUCCAACAGAGUGCUAAUGAUGGUGCUGAUGGAGAGCAACUCAGGAGGACUGUCCACUGAUCUGAUGCCUCUGAUCAGUUCUGGUCUGAAGAAGUUGCAGGAGCAACUCAUAUUAGCAAAUCGUCAAUCAUCUUCGAAUGCAACCGAGUCUGCUAAUGUCCGUAGAAGGUCUGUGACGACAAUGAAGAUGAGUGUCGAGAGUGUCGAGAGCUAUUCUAUGAACAAUCCAACAACGAUAAUGAAUCACGAACAGCUUCCGUCGUCUUCUUCGACAUCCGUUGUGCGGAAUAGUGAAAAUAGUAAUAAUAGUGGAUUUCUGUCGGCUGUCGCGCAAGCUAUGAAGCACGCCUUCAGAAGUCUCUCUGUUUCAGGCUUGAAAAUACCAUCGAGGAGCAUCGAGAUGAACAAGCAGCAAGGGGUAGUCGAAGAAUUAACAUCCUCGCAAAACUCAUCCAGCAACGCUAGCAACAGCCCAGUUCGUCCUGGAAAGCGGGCUCGCGAGAUGUCCCCGAAGGAAGAUCCUAUUGCUCUCGCAUCGGACACAAGUCCUCUCGCGAAACGUCAAAGAGGAUGGUACAAUAUGAUCAAAGGACGACAGCCGAUUAAAAGGAUGCGGAGCAGUCACUUGGCAACUUCGUCCAGGGGAGUAUCGGCGGAGACGCAAGUUUUCAGUCAUGGAUCGCUGAUGGCAGGCGACACAGUCUUGCCACUUCCUACGAGAGCCCAUCAGUCCACAGAGUAACAAUGCUUCUUAUAAAAGAAAUCACAAGACUUCUAUAUACUACACUGGAUUGCUAAUGCUUAUUAAAUUCGCAAGAUGCAGUAGCUCAUAUCGCUUUACUGUAGAACAAAAUUCCAUCUAUUAAAUGAUGUUGCUUAUAUACAUUUUUACUGUAGUUUUACUAUAGUUUUUAAUUAUACAUGAUUAAGGCAUAGUUAUUUUCAGUGCCAAUAAAAAAUGAAACUUUUAUAAUUUUGAAAUUUAAUUUGUAACAUUUAAGUUUUAUCUCUUAGCACCGCAACUUUUAAGAUCUGCGUAAUAUAUAGAAGACUGUAUAAAAAAUAGAGAUAUCAUUGGCGCAAGAAAUAAGUAAAUUUAAUAAAAUCUAUCUUUUGAGUGAAA